AUCAUUGUUGAUUACGAGUGAAUUUUAUAUUCAAUGGUCGAUACGAAAGUGGCGAAACUGAUGGUUAAUGGUACGAAAGUAGCUAAAUUACCAAAUCCCAAAUGCCUCCGAAAAAAAAGAACACUGAGAAAGUGAAGGAUGUUGCCUCCCCUGAUGGAAAAUCCAAGAAAGGUGGUAACUCCGUAAAGGUUCGCCAUAUUCUUUGUGAAAAACAUUCAAAAGUGAUGGAAGCCAUGGAAAAAUUAAAGAAUGGAGAAAAGUUUGACAAUGUUGCUAGAACAUUCAGUGAGGAUAAAGCUAGACAAGGGGGUGAUCUUGGUUGGAUGACUAGAGGAUCCAUGGUUGGACCAUUUCAAGAUGCUGCUUUUUCUCUUGAUGCAAGUACACCUACUAAACCUAUCUACACAGAUCCUCCUAUAAAAACUAAAUUUGGAUAUCAUAUUAUAAUGAUUGAAGGAAAGAAAUAACCAAAUAAAAUAUAUUCAACAAGUUAUUUAGCUUCAUUGAAUUUAUUGGUUUUUCCAGUGAAAAUCUGUAUUCUUUGAUUUUUCGCAAAAUGCACUAGUUUAAAUAACGAUUUAAACAAUAUCUAGACUUUAACGUAGUUUUUUCUAUUAAAAUUUAACAAUCAGAA